AUGACCGUGAGACACCACGGAAAUCGCAUCGAUGAGAAACACGACAACAUGGAUCCGCUAAGACCUGAGAACGUGCCUGAUAUCGAGCUCCUGUUCACCAAUGCUUCAUACGAUUAUGAGAAGGACCCACGCGACUGGGCGGCAGCGCGCAAGGCUGCUCGUUUCUCGAUGAACUUUGUAGAGCGCUUCCGUCAGACGGAGUACCCCUUCAACGCCACCUGGCAUCUCGCUCCCGGAGUCAAGGCUGGUACGGUUGAGGGUGGAUGGCGGGAUGUGACGGACGAACAAAUCGAUGCCUACAUCAGGGAGCGUUUGGUCAACAUCUAUCACGCAACUUCCACGUGCCGCAUGGGCACCGUAGAAGAAAAUGGUGUAGUCGGCCAGGAUUUGAAGGUCCAUGGAUUCCGAAACUUGCGGGUUGCUGAUGCAAGCGUUUUCCCAAAGGUGACGAGUGCUCACACUGUGGCGCCGACUUACAUGGUGGCAGAGCGAUGCGCCGACUUUGUCAAGCGAGACUGGGUCGACAAAGCUUGA